AUGCCUCGAGUCGUCAGUCAGAUCUCCGGUGCCCAGUGGGAAAUGGAUGGACCGUCUACACCGACCCAGAGAUUCUUUAAGCAAUACGUGGAUGCCGUGGACUCCAAAGGCUAUGACAGCGGCUCCGGCCUCAAGUUCUACUCGAAGGACGUGGUCUUUCACAACCAGAACAACGCGGUCUAUCACGGAGGAGAUGAGAUGUGGGCUUGGAUGAAGAAACUGUUUGGAGUAUUCGAACGAAUCCAUCAUGACUGGAUCCAGCUUCUGGAGAUUGAACGCGAUGAUGGGACAAGCCAGAUAUACACCCAGAAUAUUCGCAACCUAUGGGUUCGCGGGAACAAGGACGAGAUGCCCUCAGUCAGUAUCCCUCUUACCAUGAUUGCUAUCAUCGGGAAGAGCAACGACGAGAAGACUCCAGAGGGGUUGCAUUUCAAGGAAGUCUGGAUCUAUUGGGACACUGCUCUUCUCUUGCCCUUCCUUCCAAAGGAAGCUGUUGUGUUCAAGACAGAGAACGUCUUGCAUGGAAAUAAGGAAUAG